UAUGCGUAACAUGUAAAAAAAUCUUGGGUCUCUUGGCGCUAUACCUUACUUUUUGUACUUACAUUUUUCGGCCAGAACUACUUUUUUAUUAUAAUCACUCUCAAUAGGCCUUAUAGUGUGCCUGGAUAUGGAUAGGAUUACACAACAUCCUGUAUAAAUCUGGGCAAUGGAAAGGAGCUACUCAGCAGCCCUAAUCGUAUCUAGCAUGUCACUACAGUGUCUUGGGCCUGACAAAAAGGCAGAGCAGCUAAAGGAGGAGAACUGAAGGGCCUUGUGAAGAAGAGAGGGAUGGAGAGAGAGAAAGGUGAAGAGAGGGAGGAGAGAGGGAGGAGAGAGGGAGGAGAGUGGACCAGUUCACCUGCCAUGCAAGGACAACUCUCUCUGCUCCAUGUGCUCCUGCCCAGAUGGACGCCCUCGUCGGUGGACGGCCUGAGAGGACCAAAAGUCCCCUUCCCGCCCCACGGGGCUUGGCUCCUCUGCUUCCUGCUGGCCACUCUGAGUCUGCCCUGCGUCGUGGUGGCCCCUCAGACACCGGCCGUCUUCCGCGUUGGCGUGCUGGGGCCCUGGGCGUGUGACCCCAUCUUCGCCAAGGCCCGGCCUCGGGCGGCCGCCCACCUCGCCGUGCAGCGGAUCAACCGUGACCCCAACCUCUCGCUGGGCACCACCUUCGACUUUGUGGUCCUGGAGGAGGACUGCCAGACCUCCAUGGCCCUGAACAGGUUCAUGGGGCUCUACUCCCACGCCACGGCCCUCGUAGGCCCCGUCAACCCCGGCUACUGCGACACAGCCUCCCUGAUAGCCAAAACCUGGAACAAGGCCAUGUUCUCCUGGGCGUGUGUAAACUACGAGCUGGACAACACAGCGCGGCAUCCCACCUUCGCCCGCACUGUGCCGUCCCCAAUCCGGGUGCUUCUAGCCCUGGUGCGGAACUUUCGAUGGGCAAAUAUGGCCAUUAUUGCUUCCGCUGAUGAUGUGUGGACAGACACAGCCAAUAAGGUGGCUGACGCCCUGCGAAGCAAUGGCUUCCCAGUCCGGGCAGUGCUGUCCGCUGGAAAUCACACCAGCAGCAUGCGCCACACACUGGCAAAGAUCAGGAAAAUGCGUGAGAUUCGCAUGGUCAUUCUCUGCAUGCACUCCGUGCUGAUUGGUGGUGACACUCAGAAGUUGCUCCUGGAGACAGCCAUGGAUAUGCACUUGACCGAUGGCUCACUGGUCUUCGUCCCGUACGACACCCUCCUCUACAGCCUGCCCUACCGAGGGGUCAAGUACCCACCGCUGCAGAAGAACAGCAAACUAAGGCGGGCGUACGAUGCAGUGCUCACCGUCACCAUGGAGUCGGUGGACAACUCCUUCCACCAGGCCUUUGAGGAGGCAGUCAGAUCCAAUGAGCUACCUGUGAAUAUGCAGCCACACCAGGUGUCCCCGCUGUUCGGAACCAUCUAUAGCUCCAUCCUCUUCCUGGCCAAUGCCAUGCAGAGCGUGCGCGACUCCAAAGCCUGGCUGUCGGGGGCCUCGCUGGCCCGCCACAGUAAGAACAUGGCCUUCUACGGCUUCAGCCACCACAUGCGCACAAACCACUCCGGCCCCGGCUUCCUGGAUUACGUGCUGCUGGACACGGAUGGCCUGGCAUGGGAGCUGAGCCCCACCCACCAGGUGGACCUGGAGGCAGGCAUGGUGAGGUUCCUGGGCCGGUCCAUUCACUUCCCGGGGGGGAACCAGCCCAAGGCCGACUCCAGCUGCUGGUUCACCCGUGGGUCGCUCUGCACCAGAGGUGUGGCUCCCGUUCUACUGAUCACAGGCUUCCUGUCAACCGUGCUGUCCAUUGUACUAGGCACGGCAUUCUAUUACUGCAUAAGACGCCGCAUCAUCAAGUUUCGACUGAUGAGGGGGCCGAACAAGAUCCUUCUCACCCUCCACGAUGUCACUUUCAUCAAUCCGUCACUUAGCAACAAGAAAUUAAGCUUUCAGAGUGACAUGACCAGAAGGCCAUCAAAUGCAGAUCAGAGCGUGAGAACUCCCUCCACAAUCUCCAGCCUCACCCCAGCCACACAUGAGAACUCCAACAUAGUGAUAUUCGAGGGUGACUGGGCCUGGCUGAAGAGACUCCCAGAUGGAAAUUUCGGAGCCAUAAAUAUUCAGACCAGUGAUGUCUUUGAGCUAAUGAAGGACAUAAGGCAUGAGAACAUCAACCCUUUUCUGGGGUACUUCCUUGACUGUGGGGUCUUUGCCAUAGUGACAGAUUUCUGCUCACGAAGAAGCCUGUAUGACCUACUUCGCAAUCCGGAUGUGAAGUUGGACUGGAUGUUUAAGUCUUCACUCUUGUUGGAUCUCAUUAAGGGUAUGAAGUACUUACACAAUCGGAAUGUGUGCCAUGGGCGACUGAAGUCCACCAACUGUGUUGUGGACGGGCGCUUUGUACUCAAGGUCACUGACUACGGUGUUAACAAGGUGCUGGAGGCACAUAAGUUUCCUUAUCAGGAGCCAAAGCCAGAAGACCUCCUGUGGACAGCCCCUGAGAUUCUUCGCAGCCCUCACCCUGGAAGUAGAGGUACCAGAGAGGGCGAUGUCUACAGCCUUUCCAUUAUCAUGCAGGAGGUGGUGCUCCGCAGACCCCCCUUCUUCAUGCUCAACCUCACAGCUGAAGAGAUCAUUCAAAGAGUUAAGAAACCACCACCUCUGUGCCGGCCUGUAGUAACGCCUGACCAUGCCCCCCUAGAGUGCAUUCAACUCAUCAAACAGUGCUGGAAUGAGCAGCCAGAAAAACGGCCGCCCUUUGAAGAGAUAUUUGACCUGUUUAAAAACAUAAACAAGGGCCGGAGGACCAAUAUCAUUGACUCCAUGUUGCGCAUGCUUGAGCAGUACUCCUCCAACCUGGAGGAGCUGAUCCGGGAGAGGACAGAGGAGCUGGAGAUCGAGAAACAGAAGACGGAGAAACUGCUCACACAGAUGCUGCCCCCGUCUGUGGCAGAGGCCCUGAAGAUAGGUGGCGCUGUGGAGCCGGAGUACUUUGACAGUGUGUCGCUGUAUUUUAGUGACAUUGUGGGCUUCACCACAAUCUCAGCCAACAGUGAGCCGAUUGAGGUUGUUGACCUGCUAAAUGACCUUUACACGGUGUUUGAUGCCAUCAUUGGAAACCAUGAUGUGUACAAGGUGGAGACCAUCGGGGAUGCCUAUAUGGUGGCAUCUGGGGUGCCUGAGCUCAAUGGUAAUCGGCACGCCGCUGAGAUUGCCAACAUGGCCCUGGACAUCCUCAGCGCUGUGGGAACCUUCAGGAUGAGACACAUGCCUGAGGUGCCGGUGCGCAUACGCAUAGGACUGCACACAGGCCCUUGUGUAACAGGUGUGGUUGGCCUCACCAUGCCACGGUAUUGUCUGUUCGGUGACACAGUCACCACAGCUUCUAAAAUGGAAUCCUCUGGAAUGCCUUACCGCAUUCACGUGAGUCAGAGCACUGUGAAUAUCCUUCUGGAACUCAAAGAGGGAUAUCAAAUCCAAGUCAGGGCGAGGACCGAACCAAAGGCAAAGGGCGCUGAAGAUACCUACUGGCUGGUCGGCAAAGUUGGCUUCGACAAACCACUGCCUAUACCUCCAGAGUUAAAGUCAGGGAAAGCGGCAGCCCAUGGCCUGCAGAUGGAAGAGAUAGCUCGACAUAAACGGAUGAAAGCAGAAAGACAACUUGCCGAGAAGAAAAAAUGAGGGUACUCAAGGAGAAGGAGAUCAAAGACUUCAAGGGCAUCCUGAGAAAAGCAGUUAGGAAGCUUUCAGCUGUCCGGCAAGUGGUUCAGUUGCACACUCUGGACAAUGAUGAGAACAUCAUGAUGCACCAUCACAUUUGAGCCACUUAUUCUGACUGAUGGACAAAGUCAAGAAGGAGGAGACUUGUUGAGGGACUGUUAAAGUCCUCUUCCUCUUAUCCUUUUUGGCCUACAUUGCUGACUGCGCAUAUUAGGCUGGCUGGACGUUGAGUAGUAUGAGCAUUCUGUAGGCUACAGGGAAAUUAGUCAACACUUGGUGUAAAAAACAAACACAAGGCUUGCUUAGAGGAGCUGAACAAAGGUCUAUCAACAGCACAAAUUGUAUGAAGGCAUGCACAUUCAAACACACACACACAAACACACAAAUACACACACACACACACACACACACACACACACAAAAGAGACCAACAAAAUAUACCUGGGACCACAGAUGACCAAAAUGAAACCCUAGGAGAGGAUGAUGCAAUAGAAGCCAACUGAACUUAGCACACAGAGAUAAUGAGCUAUUUUAGUGAGUGGGUCUCCUGACACAAAUUGGACUCUGGAGAUUAUAAAUAGCUAAUGUGGUGCUAAAAAGACGUUGCUGCAGAGGAAGCCAUGAUACUAUAUUAUGAAGUCAAGUGUAAAGAAUGUACCGUAUCACGUACAUUUAAAAUGAGAUUCGUUUUGAUUCAGUUCCCAAUUGUAAGUGUUUAUGGGCAGUGUUAAGCUCUAUGUGAUAAUUAAAUGAAACAAGCAGGGAUGCUUCUGUCAGUAUGAUCUGCUUGUUUGUACUGUGAAUUCUAUACUGGACAUACAAUUAUGUUGAAAUAAUUAACAACCCUCUUCUUUACGACAAAUGUCAGGAAAAGCAGAAAUGAAUAUCAAUAUAUCAUGUUCUUAUCAUAAGGGAGCUUCAUGUAGGUGCAAAAUGUAUAUUGUGAUAUGUUGUAUAUUGUAUAGAUGUGUAUGAUGUACAUGAAAGUGAUAAUUCACAUUGUGUUAGUGUCCUAAAAGUCAUGGUGUUUACAUGAUUCAGACAAAUCACCAACUUUCAUUUG